AUGGGCCCCAUAUCCCCCAAGGCUGCGAUCGCGCACAUCUCCAAGCUGCUGGUACUGUCGUAUAUCAUUGACUGGAUCUUCAUUGUUGGUGUUGCCCUGAUCGGCUAUGGAUUCUACAAACAAGACCCCAACCAGCGUCCCUUCUCCCUCACAGACCCGGACAUCUCCUUCCCCUUCACCGAACAUGAAACCGUCUCCACCGCAACCCUGAUCCUCGUUUCGGUGCUGGCCCCGGCCGUGAUCGUCAUCCUGGGAGCAGCGCUACUCAUCCCCGGCACCGCAGCUGUCGGAGGCGCAAAGGCGUCCAAAUCGCAACUGCUGCGACGCAAGUUCUGGGAAUGGAAUGCCGGUUGGAUGGGACUUGCACUGGCCCUGGCAGGUGCCUGGAUGACUACACAGGGAUUGAAAACGCUGAUGGGCAAGCCACGACCGGAUCUGCUGGCGCGGUGUAACCCCGAUGUGAGGAAGAUUGCGGAUUAUGCGGUCGGCGGUCUCGGUGAGCGCCUCGCAGGGGCUCCGGUGUUGGUGGACUGGAAGAUUUGCCGGGAACAGGGGUAUAACCUGCGUGUUGAUGGGUUCUCCAGCUUCCCUAGUGGACAUUCAUCCCUCUCUUUCGCUGGACUCGGCUACCUGACUCUCUGGCUUGCUGCCAAACUCUCCGUUGGAUUCCCGUAUCUGCCUCAAUUCCCCGUCGAGGGCGAUGACCAUAGCGACGACCGCACCUCCGUUCGCACGCGCGGCGCAGCACCCCCUGUGCUCCUGAUGAUCCUCACUUUCUUCCCCACCGCUGUAGCAUUCUUCAUCGCCUCCUCUCGGUGGUUCAACUACCGUCACCACGGAUUUGAUAUCAUUUGCGGCGCUCUGAUCGGAAUCUUCUUCGCCUACAUCGGAAUGCGCAUGUACCACCUGCCCAUCCAGCGGGGAUCAGGCUGGGCGUGGGGUCCUCGAAGCCAACGACGGGCAUUUGCUCGUGGUAUUGGAUUCCCCAGCUCUUUGGGAACGGACAGCUGGUCGUAUUCGCGCGAUCAUAAGGCUGCCCAGGUCUCCAAUGGCUCAGGCGCUGGUCAUGUCGAGCCCGUACAUGAUGUUGAGAAUAUCCCGGUGCAUGAGCAGCCUGCGCAAGCAGCUGAUAGCGAAAGGGUGUAA